CGCAUGCGCUGAGCCGUGGGCCGGAGAGUUGUCGGCUGGGAAAUGGCGGCCGCGGGCUUGGUCGCUGUGGCCACGGCUGCAGAGUACUCUGGCCCUGUAGCGUCGGGAGGUAACCUCUCCGGUGUUAACUGCGGCCCAAGCUCCGGAGCAGGUAGUGGUCCUGGCCCGGGUUCGUGGAGCCGCUCCCUCGAUCGAGCGCUAGAGGAGGCGGCUGUGACCGGGGUGCUGAGCCUGAUCGGCCGGAAACUGAGGGAGUUUCCCCGGGGAGCGGCCAACCAUGACCUGACGGACACCACCCGGGCGGAUCUGUCACGAAAUCGCCUCUCAGAAAUUCCCAUAGAAGCAUGUCAUUUCGUUUCUCUUGAGAAUCUCAACUUAUACCAAAAUUGUAUUCGGUAUAUACCAGAAGCAAUUCUAAACCUACAAGCUCUAACAUUCUUAAAUAUUAGUCGGAACCAGCUGUCAACAUUGCCAGUACAUUUGUGUAAUUUACCAUUGAAAGUCUUAAUUGCUAGUAAUAACAAAUUGGUGUCACUUCCAGAAGAAAUUGGACAUCUCAGACAUUUAACAGAACUUGAUGUGAGCUGCAAUGAGAUUCAAACAAUACCUUCCCAAGUUGGUAAUUUGGAGGCCCUAAGAGACCUUAACGUCAGAAGAAAUCACUUAUUACGUUUGCCUGAAGAGCUGGCAGAGUUGCCUUUGAUAAGGUUCGACUUCUCCUGCAAUAAAAUUACAACAAUCCCCGUUUGUUAUCGGAACCUCAGGCACCUACAGAUGAUCACCCUAGAUAACAAUCCACUACAGUCUCCUCCUGCACAGAUAUGUAUAAAAGGCAAAGUCCACAUAUUUAAGUACCUGAACAUACAGGCUUGUAAGAUUGCUCCAGAUCUGCCAGAUUAUGAUAGGAGACCCUUGGGUUUUGGCUCCUGCCAUGAAGAAAUGUACUCAGGACGCCCUUAUGGAGCCCUUGAUUCAGGUUUCAAUAGUGUGGACAGUGGUGAUAAGAGAUGGUCAGGAAAUGAACCUACAGAUGAAUUUUCAGAUCUGCCUCUUCGAGUAGCAGAAAUUACUAAAGAACAAAGACUACGAAGAGAAAGCCAGUACCAGGAGAAUCGCAGCAGUUUAGUAGUAACAAAUGGUGGAGUGGAACAUGAUCUGGAUCAGAUUGACUACAUCGACAGCUGUACUGCAGAGGAGGAAGAAGAUGAGAUGAGACAGCCCAAGGGCCUGGACUCAGACAGCCUCAGUUCCCAGUUUAUGGCAUAUAUCGAACAACGGCGAAUCUCUCAUGAGGGUUCACCCAUAAAGCCAGUACCUCUGAGGGAGUUUCAAAAAACAGAAGACAUGAGAAGAUAUUCACAUCAAAACAGGGUUUCAUCUGAGCCGUCUUCUCUCAUGUCACUGUCACCAAGUCACAGUCAGUUAUCACAUGCAGACUUGGAAAUUCUUCGGAGAAGAGAACAAUUAGUAGAGCGUACUCGGAGAGAGGCACAGCUUGCGGCCCUACAGUAUGAGGAAGAGAAAAUAAGGACCAAGCAAAUUCAAAGAGAUGCUGUCCUGGACUUUGUCAAGCACAAAGCAUCACAAAGUCCACAAAAACAGCAAUCCCCCUUAGAUGGUGAGUGUCCCUUCCCAUCCAGAAGGUCUCAGCACACUGAUGAUAGUGCCUUGUUAGUGUCGCUGUCAGGGUUGAAUCAAGUGGGCUGUGCAGCUACCCUGCCUCAUUCUUCUGCCUUCAUGCUUCUUAAGAACGAUGACAGAUCUAAUACCAUAUCAAGUUCACCUACAACAGAAACAGUUCAUCAUUCCCCUGCAUAUUCUUUUCCUGCUGCUAUUCAGAGAAACCAGGCCCAGCGCCCUGAAAGCUUCCUUUACCGAGCAGCUGUCAGGGCAGAAGCAAAUAAAGGUCAUGCUUCACCCCUUCUUUCAUCUUCUGCACCUCCCACUGACUCUGCAGAUCCCAUAACAAGACCCAAUUCAAGACAGAGAGAAGAAGAGCUGGAAUUAAUGGAUCAACUACGGAAACAUAUUGAGUACCGGUUGAAAGUAUCACUGCCUUGUGAUCUGGGAGCAGCUCUAACCGAUGGUGUUGUUCUUUGCCAUUUGGCCAAUCAUGUGCGGCCUCGAUCUGUCCCAAGCAUCCAUGUCCCCUCACCAGCUGUACCUAAAUUAACAAUGGCAAAAUGCAGGCGGAAUGUGGAGAAUUUCCUAGAAGCUUGCAGAAAAAUUGGUGUACCUCAGGAGCAAUUAUGUUUGCCUCUCCACAUUUUAGAAGAGAAAGGUUUGAGCCAGGUUGCGGUGACGGUCCAGGCUCUCCUGGCACUUGCCCCCCCCAAGCAGCAGCACCCGUCAUCUGCUGUGUAAGGACCCCCAGCACCUGGGCGUUGGCCUGGCCAAACCGGAGCAGGACGCGAUUGCUGCUGCCAGCCGUCUGCUUAAACAAAGCUCUUAAGUGUUCUUAAAAAGGACUGUUUCCAUGAUUCCUAACAGGAAUAUUUUGCUUCAUGCCUCCAUUUUAGGGGAGGUUAUAUUCGUUUCCAUUGAACUGUUUAGGAAGACACGGUUGGUUUUCACAAAUGAAACUUAAUUCUGUCAUUACUGAGAACGCAACACUGAAGCCUAAACUGGCUGUGCUUUCCUAGAGAGUAGGCUUGUCUCACAUACCAGAAAGAAACUCCUCAAAAGGCUAUUUAGCUCCCCUGAAAGCACAGACAUGCUAUUAUCUUUACCUGUUUCCUGGUUCUGGAGUCCUCUGGUUUCCAAAACUGGUUGUUCAUUAGAAUCUCCUGGAGCAUUUGUUAAAAUGCAGAGUCUCAUUUGGUAGGUCUAAAGCGAGGCCUGGGUAUCUGCAUUUUCAACAGAUGUGGUAGAGACCACUGUCUCAAGCUAGAUAUUUGUAUGAUGUGGGGAGUAAUGACUCCACUCUGUCAGCCACAUUUAAAAUCAGAAGCUAUAUAUUAAGAUUUUUUGGACUGUCUGUGCAAGGCAAGACAAAAAUAACAGAACUGGGUUUUUUGGACAAAAUACUUAUGUCCAGGCAGAACAAAUAUAAUGUAGAAGGCCUAGAUUUUUAUGUAGUAAAACCAUUUCAGAGAGUUAAGUUGUAUAUAAGGCCAGAGUCAUAGGCCACCCCCCUACGCAGGCUGGCCACCACCACUUAAAGCUUGGUUCUGUGUGACAUCCUGCUAUUCUCCACACUUUAUAAACAGCACUCUCCACACAGGUUCCAAAUCCUUAGGCUGGUAACAGGCACUACUCACCAUUUGCAUUGAGCCCUCCCAUCCUCUUCCCCCCAUGCUGCUCCCGGGAUACCUGGACCUGCACACACCUUCCACCCACAGCAGAAUACACUUCCGGCCCUCUGCCUAAUGCAAGAUUAUGAAAACAAAGCAAAGGAAAUAAAGGAAAAACCAAGUUUCUUAAUUUCUUUCAGGUAACAGCUGGUUUCCGUGGCUGAAUCAAGCCAGUUUCCGUGGCUGAAUCAAGCCACUUGUGGCAUCUUAAAAAACAGCGUGCUGUGUAUCUAGUUCAUCUAACUCUACCACUCGUGCCUUCUUUACUCAAUCAUGGGCCAAGUGAAAGGGCCCAAGAUCUCAUGUAACAAAGCUGGGAGCCUUUGUUCAGGUUUAAGCCACUAGGGUCUUUCUUACCCUGUAUUUUGAACCCCUUUUAGUUGUCAGCAUGUCUUUUGGUAUUCACUGCCUUUAUAAACCGGGUAAAUAGACUUAGUGAAGAUACUAGUUAUCCGGGGUUGUGAAUUGUUCUGGAUUUACUUUACCAAUGCAUGCAUUUGAGCAAAAUGUUCUCUAUCACGUGAAUGCAGCAUCUAAAAGGAAAAUCAUGGAGUAUCCGGUCAAAAUAAUGUUUUCUCCCUGUUCUCACAGGGAAACAAAUUCAGCAGAACAUUACCACUUUGUCCAAGUUUAAUAUUAAAGAACAUAAAGCAUCUGAGCUCAAAACCCAGUCCUUCACUGUUCUUACAGAACAAAAGUAAAAUGUCUUUUAAGUGUUUAGAGCCAGACCCCAUUAUAUUUACAGUUCCAAACAUACCCACCAAUUGGGACUUGUUUAGAAUUUGUGUGCAUUUUUAAACUAUAGGUAUUUCUCCUUCUAGUCAACAUUAAACCUCAGUACAAUCUCUGAAUAAUAGAAGUCAUUUGAAAUUCAGCAAAGAACAGGACUGUUUUGUCACCUACUAUGCAAGAAUAACCCCAGAAGACAUACAUAAUACAACAUUUGGGACAUUUGCAACUAAUUAUCCCAUAUGAAUAAAUGGAAAUUUCCACUUAUUUCACAUUUCACACAUAACGUGAAACCUUAUUAAUGUAUUCUUAUCAAACUAAUUCAAAUUUAUAUUUGAAUUGCUAGAAAAAAAUUGUGUACAGUUUUGGUUGAUAAUGAAAGAAAAAUAUCAAGCAUAUUGAAUUUCUUUCCUUUGUCAAGAUGCAGAAACAUUUCAUGAUGGUUUUGUUGAAAAAUUUUUGUAUUCAGUGUUUUGUAUGUACUUAAAAAAAACUGGAAAGAAAAUUUCACAUUUAGCCUUGCUAGACUGCAGUGUAAGAUGAAGACGAUGUUGUAACGGUUCCACCUGACCAUUUGUGAGCUUCCUACUGAAGCAGUGACCAGCCCAGUGCUUGAAGUGUGAACAGAGAAAAGGCUAAAGUGCCCACCCAGCAGGGCCCCUGCCAGCUACGGACAUCGUAAGUCAGCCAGGUCUCUGGAAAUAACUUAUGGGCGGAGGGGCCUUUGUAUUUAGCUAGAACAGAGUAGGGGGCUUCUUAGCAGGUCACUUUCUUUAAUAGCUUUUUAAAAUACAGCCUUACAGCUAAUCGAGGAGUCUGAUUUCUCUUACUUGCUACAGCUCAGCAGUGACUAAUGAUGUGUGACUGUGCUGACGAGUAUGAUGAAUUUUUAACAACUAAGCGCUUAAAAUGGUUAUAGAAAUGAAGGAAAACAUGGAUAUUUAGAACCCUUUUAAUAUAAGUAUUGCAGUGAGAUGGUUUACAGCAGAUUUCAUUUUAUUUCUGAAAAUGUUGUAAACAUGUAAUUAGUGAAAGAUUUUGUAAAACAUUGUCCUAUAUUUGUGUGUCUGUAAAUAUAAUGCAUAAGUUCUAAGUAUAAAUAUGUCAAUAUCAUGUAUGUUAUUUUAAAUUGCCUGUAUGCCACCUUACACGUUGACAUUUAAAAUAAAAGCCAACACUUCAAUAGCGUGAAAUAAAGGCUGAUUUGAAAAUGUU